GUGAUGCAGCUCUGCCCGCAAAGCGCCGCCGCCUGGAGAGGUAGUCCACGCCUUCCGUCCAGGGCCUGUAAGUUCUCGUCCGCUCUGACGGCUAAGGCUUACAGUGCUGCUGGACAGGCCGCUUCCGCCCUGCACGCCAUGGCCCUCCUGCAAGUCCACCAGGCCAAGGCGUUGAAGCAGCUGCACGAGGGUGGUGCUGACCCAGGUGUGCUGCAGGAACUGUGCACGGCGACGGACCUCGCACUUAGGGCGAUGAAAGUCAUCCCUGGGUCAGACGAUGUCCACAUUGGUGGUCCAGGAGCGCCACCUAUGGCUGACCUUGGCGAAUAUGAGGGAGGCCGACAAGCAUCGCUUCCUGGACUCCCCGAUCUCCCAGGCCGGCCUAUUCGGCGAAGCGGUGGAGGGCUUUGCCCAACAGUUCUCCGCCGCACAGAAGCAGACGGAGGCGUUUCGACACAUCCUGCCCCGGCGGUCUGCUGCUGUCUGCACCCCACCGCCGGCUGCAGCCCCUCUGUCUGCUCGUCGCCGAGGGCGCCCUCCUGCGGCCUCCACCUCCGCUCCGGCGCGGCCACAACAGCAGCCUUCACAACGGCCGCAGCGUGGAGCUGGCCGCAGGAAACCGGCGCACGCACCGGCACGGCCACAACAGCAGCCUUCACAACGGCCGCAGCAUGGAGCUGGCAGCAGGAAACCGGCGCAGACGGUAACUCUCCCCGGUGCAGAGGAUUCUCUUUUCUCGGCAUGGAGCUGGACUCAGUCAACCUCUCAGCAUGUCUCUCAGUAGAGCAUGCGCAGUCGAUGCUGAACUGCCUGGGGUCCUGGUGA